CUAUCCUUUUAUCCUACUUCAUGGCGCAAAUAGAGCAAGCAACACGAACAGACCAGAACAGACCUUUUGUGGUCGGGGACUGUCGGAGAUUCUCAUCUAUAUUCUCACUAUUGAAACUGACGACGUAUCUCGUUUUGACCAAUCAACGAAAGGCAUUCAAAUAUUGAGAAACCGUUUAAAGAAUUUUGGAGCUUACGUUUUUCAACGCCAAUAUCCUUCGGAGAUAUCUGAAACAACCUCGAGUAUUUACGUCUCGCUAGACAGGUAAACGCUCGGAAAGAAAUUCAUAUCCUUGUCUCCUUUACCACAAAUCUUUGAAACUAACUUUCAUAUGUUUUAUAUGAAAAAUAUUAUGUUUUGUUAGUGAUCAGGUAUCAGCUCUUAAGUGUACAAGUGUAUAUUAAAGUAUAAAACGUUGAAAGGUGACGGUACAGCACAGUUAAGGUCAGAGUCAUAAAAGUGUCAACUAUGCUUGGAACAAAUAAGGAAAACCAUGAGACAUAUAUAACUCAUGUAUUGAGAGAACCUAAGCAUAUGCACCUUCGUAAAAUGACUUUAACAGAGGUUUCUUCAUUGAAAAAUACAGAAAGUAUAAAUGAUGCAAAUGAAGAGAAAGAUACCUAUAAAGUUUGCUCAACAAAUACCACAAAUAAAAAUGCAUGUAAAGAGACUGCAAAAAAAUCUAUGGAAUUGAUGCCACCACCUAAAUUACCAGUGGCAUGUAAAUCGGCAGACUCUAUCCAAGAUCAACAAAAGCCUGAUAAUGAAAGCAACCAAGGAGUAAUAAGUGAUAACAAAAGUAAAACUGUGCAGAAAGUCAGCAGUACAAAUACGAGUAGUACAAGUAAGGAGAAUGAAAGCAAAAAGAAAUGGGUAUUGACAGAUUUUGAUAUUGGUCGACCCCUGGGUAAAGGGAAAUUUGGUAACGUAUACUUAGCCAGAGAGAAAAGAUCCAAAUUUAUAAUAGCCAUGAAGGUGCUUUAUAGAUCGCAAAUAGAAGAUGCCAAAAUCUCACAUCAAGUACGGAGAGAAAUAGAAAUUCAAACUCAUUUGAGGCAUCCAAAUAUUUUACGAAUGUAUGGAUAUUUCUAUGAUGACAAACGAAUUUAUUUAAUAUUGGAAUAUGCACCAAAAGGGGAACUUUAUAAAGAACUGAAUAAUCAACCUGAUAAACGAUUUGAUGAAACAAGGACAGCCACGUAUAUAGCUCAAUUAGCAGACGCGUUAAAAUAUUGCCACAGCAAGAGCGUUAUUCAUCGUGAUGUUAAACCAGAAAAUUUGCUUCUUGGAAUGAAUGGAGAAUUAAAAAUAGCUGAUUUUGGAUGGUCCGUGCAUGCUCCCUCUUCACGAAGGGACACCUUAUGUGGCACUUUAGACUACUUACCACCUGAAAUGGUUUCUGGCAAACCACAUAAUCAUACAGUUGAUUUUUGGAGCGUUGGAGUUUUGUGUUACGAAUGCCUGGUUGGCAAGCCUCCUUUUUACGCGACAACCAACGAUGAAACUUAUUUAAACAUAAAAAGAUUGCGAUACAAAUUUCCAACUUUUGUUAGUGAAGAUGCAAAAGAUUUAAUUUCAAAAUUGAUUGUUAUUGAACCUGAAAAGAGAUUGGAUAUGGAUGGUGUUCUUGCUCAUCCUUGGAUCGUAAAAAAUCGAAAGAUAAAUAAGGCACAAGAUCUUUAAGCCUAAUAGCUAUAAUUUGUAUUAAAGGUCCACAUGUUGUAAUAGAUUUAUUAUAAUUUUAAACUCUUGGCAAUCCCCAGAGAAAAUUAGUAAUAUAGUUAUAUUAUUAUUGAUUAUGUAUUUAAAAUACUCCUUUAGGCAAUACAUAGAUAUUGGGAUUGGGAUACAUCGUGCCUAAUAGAUAAGUUAGCUUAGCUUUUCUUAAACAAGCGAUUUAUUUACACGAGUUGCGAUAAUAUUGUCAUUUGUUUUAUAUUUUCACGCUACUGAUAGAGAAUUUAUAAACAAUUUGUAUUGAACGAUUAUAUAUUAGGAGUAUUUAAAUACAACAUAAUAAAAAAACUCAUAAGAUUGAUUUUAUUUAAAAACACGUUUAUUUAUAUUGUACAUGUAAUUAAAUCUACGUACAAUAAAAAAAGAAAUUAAUUAAAUGUUAUUAAUGUUAUAAAACAAAGUCUUAUUGAGAAAAAUCUUGUGAUCUUUUAACAUGUUGCACUAGGUUCAUUAUAUAUUUUUUUUCUGUAUUCACAGAGAAACUAACGAGAUAUUUUAAACAAAUGUAUCAAUUAUACAUCUUGAAACAGUAAUAAAUGAU